ACACCCACUCGUAUAAUUAAAAAACUUUGGACAAACAUAUCCGUGUAUUUAGGACUAAGAUACAAUUUAAAUAAACCAUAACGUUCUCUGGUUACAAUCAUAUUCUCACGAUUAAUACUACAGAUUCUGUCCUGUCAACAACAACGAAAAAAUAAACCCCAAAACAGAAUUCAUCAUAAUGAAAGUAUUGGGAAUUUGUGUUGUAGUUACACUAAUAUUCAAUGGAAUAAAUUGUGUAAAAAAUAAGAAAGUUAAAUGUUAUCGAUGUACCGAUUGUCCUAAUCCGUUCGAUAAAACUCAAAUAACCGAAUUAGCUAAUUGUAAUUUUUGUCGAACGGUUUACACUUAUCGUGAUGAAGAUAAUUAUAGAAUUGCAAAAGAUUGUGUAGCAAGUUGUGUUCCACAAGAUCGUCGUGGUGGUAAAGCUGGCCUAGUCACUGAAUGUUGUGAUGAAGAUUAUUGUAAUGCAUCACCUAAACAUUUUUCUAUUUCAUUUUUAUUAAUUACUACUUUUACAAUUUUCAUUACAUAUACUAAUAAAUUCAUAUAUUGAACCAUUAACUCUCUCUCUCCCUCUCUCUCUCU